AUGGUGUUUGGUUUCUACUGGGUGAUUGUUUUUUCUUUAUUUCCUGUUUUAGACAUCAGUGAAUGCGGGAAUGGCUUCAACGAUUGCCAUGCAAACGCGACUUGCCACAAUGUACCGGGGAGCUACUACUGUCAAUGUAAGGAGGGAUUUGUUGGAAACGGAAAACACUGUGAAGGGGCAAAAGAAACUAGUACACAAAAAGCUGUUGAAAUUGCUGAGGGGCCAAGCGAUGUUGCUGCUCAAGUGAUAGAUCAGUGUUUCACCGGGUCACAUGACUGCUCUUCAAAUGCCACAUGUGUGCCUCUGAAGGGGUCGUAUGACUGUAUCUGCAACCUUGGAUUUGAAGGAGACGGCCGAGUUUGUGUUGGUAUGCUAUUUCGUUUCUUGAUAUUUUGUUUAAGACUGUUAAUCGAUCAUUGGUUAAAUUUUUGCCACGCGAUAAUUAAUCUUCUUAGCAGAGACAGGAGUGUGGUAUUCUCCCUUAUUAUAUGGGUAGCUGCGUGAGCGGGCAAGAUGCCGCUAUCUUGCCCGCUAGGGAUUUCCCGCUGUGUCCCGCAAGAACU